AUGUUAAAAGCACUAGAGACAAACCUUGAACCGAAUGUCCAGGUAAAUCUCGGCAUGGGUUUACUGGUCCUGAUAUUAGCUUUCGUCGGAGCUUGCUGCCGUCAAGCAUGCACAAAAAACAUGGCCAGUGAGCCAUUGCUCCUCACUGUUGAGCCUAAAAGUAGCAAGUCGCUGGAAACGGAAGUAGAGACGGAAAAGCACUUUAAUGAAGAUCUCAAGGUGCCUUGCUGUGUCAAAGACCAGCAAUCAUUCUAUCCUUGGAUUGCACAUUAG